AUGGCCGCCCGCAAGAUCCAAGUCGGCCAUCUCGACGUGCGCGUCACCGCCGAGCCGCUCACCGCCGGGGCCUUUGCACCUUUUGGCGACGUCGUCGCCAACCCGCGGCCCGACGUGCUGCCGACCGCCUUUGCGCACCACGCCGGCUCGCUGCUGCUCCCCGACAACGCCGUCUCGGCCAACCAGGGCUUCGCCAUCCAGUACCGGCACGCCAGCCGCGUCGCCAACCUGUACCGCGGCGACACGGGCAAGCCCGUCCUGAGCCUCUUUGUCUGCGCCGCCCGGCCGCUCUCCGCCGCCGGCGGCCGGCACGCCGCGUUUGUCGUGCGCAACCUCGAGCGCCACCCCUUCACCACGCAGACCUUUGCGCCCGUCGCGUCCUCGGCGGAGCUGUACCUCGUCAUUGUCGCCCCGAGCCUGCCGCCGGCAGACGCGGACGAGGACACGCCGGCGCCACCGCCGGGCGACGCCGCGGGGAUGACGCCGGGACGCGGCCUGCCCAACCUCAAGGAGCUGCGCGCGUUUGUGGGCACGGCGCGCCAGGCGGUCACGUAUGGCGCCGGCACGUGGCAUGCGCCCAUGGUCGUGCUCGGCCCGCCCGGCACGACGCUGGACUUUGUCGUGACGCAGUUUGCGAGCGGCGUCGCCGAGGAGGACUGCCAGCUGCUCGAGUUUGAGGCCGAGGGGAGGCCGGAGCCGCAGCUGCGAGUGCAGAUUCCCAUUCACAACACCAUGGCCGAAAAACUGGUCUCUGUGGACGCGCGCAACAAGCUCGAGGACCUGUCCGGCAUCGUCAUCCAGCCAGGCGAGAACCCAUACGACGUCUUCAUCAAGGCGUGCAACGAUGACCCAGCCGAGAUUCAGGCUCUCUACGAUACUCAUCGUGUAAAGCGCAACGCCCAGCAAAGAGAAAAGUUCCUCGCCACAGACUACAAAGAGCUCGUCAUUGACCAGUAUCUCCUCCGCCUGGCGAACCCGUCCAUCCAGCCCGGCUUCCAAGACGAGCGCAACUGUCUCGUCUUCUGGGCCCGGCCGCCAGAACACGUCAUCCUGCUCGCCAGCAAAGUCCAGCAACUACUCCAGCAAACGGCGCCAAACAUCUGGCUCAUGCCCGUCUACAGAAUGCACAUGACGGCCCUCGAAGUUGCCUUCUCCAAGACGCCCGAGGAGAUUGCCGCCCUGACUGCCCUCAUCCGGCCCGCCGUGCCCUCCAUUGUGUCGCACACGCACCGCCACCGCGCCCGUCUCGUCAAGCCGUUUGUCUCGUACGACCUCUCUGCCUUUGCCCUCUCCUUCCUGCCCGCGUCCGGCGAGCCGCCGCUCUCGCCGCCGCCCGCCGGCGUGGACCUCGCGGCGCAAGACGUCACCGCCGGGGACGGCUACACGUACCACCACCUCCGCAGAGACGUCUUUGAAAAGGUACGCGCUGCCGGCGUCGAGGUCGGCUCGCGGUACCAGGUCCCCAGCGCCCACAUCACCCUCGGCCGCUAUCUGUCCGAGGCCGACCACGACACCCCGGCCAAGCGCCGUCGCUGGGUCGAGGCCGUCGACGAGGUCAACCGCUGGCUCGAGGCCGAUGUCUGGGACAGCCACGCCGCCGCGUUUACGGGAGAGUGGGUUGUCGGGCAGGAACGCGGCCUGGACGCCCGCAGCGGCACCUUGUGGUAUGGCGGUGGCAGAACUAUCCAACUGGGCGAAGGUUUCUAG